UCUCCACUCCACAGUUUUUUGAUCUGUUUAAAAGAAGUAAAGAAGAUAAUUCCUCUCGUCAGUACCUGGAAAGGAUAACAAAAUAACCUCAACUCCGUUUUGAAAAAAAUCUUUCCAAGAACUUUCCUCAGAGAUUUUACUCAGAUGAUUUGUACAAUGAAGAAAGAGCAUGCUUUUUGGGCUUCUGUAUGUCUGCUGCUUAGUCUUGCUCCAGCCCCUCUUGAUGCUGGUCCUGAGGAAGACGAAGAACAUACAAACAUUACAGAUACUGAGUUGCCACCACUGAAACUUCUACAUUCAUUUUGUGCGUUGAAGGCAGAUGAUGGCCCAUGCAAAGCAAUGAUGAAAAGAUUUUACUUCAAUAUUUUCACCCAACAGUGUGAAGAAUUUGUGUACGGGGGAUGUGAAGGAAAUCAGAAUCGAUUUCUAAGUCUGGAAGAGUGCAAAGAAAAAUGUACAAGUGAUAAUCCAAUGAUGUUUACGAGGAUAACAUUGGAAAAAGAAAAGCCAGCUUUCUGCUUUUUGGAAGAAGAUGCUGGAAUCUGUCGAGGUUAUAUUACCAGGUACUUUUAUAACAAUCAGUCAAAACAGUGUGAACGUUUCAAGUACGGUGGGUGCCUAGGCAAUCUAAACAACUUUGAAUCAUUGGAAGAGUGCAAAAACACCUGUGAGGACCCAUUGAAUGAUUUCCAGGUGGAUGAUCAUAGAACGCAGCUCAAUACUGUGAAUAAUGACUCCUUGACUCCCCAACCUACCAAGGUUCCCAGAAUUUGGGAAUUUCGCGGCCCCUCCUGGUGUCUCACCCCUGCAGACAGAGGAUUGUGUCAAGCCAAUGAGAACAGAUUCUACUACAAUUCAAUAAUUGGGAAAUGUCGCCCAUUUAAAUACAGUGGAUGUGGGGGAAAUGAAAACAAUUUUACUUCCAAAAAAGAAUGUCUUAGGACAUGUAAAAAAGGUUUCAUCCAAAGACUAUCAAAAGGAGGACUAAUUAAAACCAAAAGAAAAAGAAAGAAGCAGACACUGAAAAAAGUAUAUGAAGAAAUUGUUAAAAAUACAUAAAUUUGUUUCAUUAUUAGAACACUAAUUCUACUAAAUAUUUUAUAUAAAGAAUUUCACCAUGAUUUCUAUUUUUUUUUGCUAAUAUACUUUUAAUGAAUAUGUUCAUGAAGUAAUUUUCUAUACUUAUUGUACCUGCAAUUAAUACAUUUGCAACAGAAUUCCUACUCUAUUCUUGUCAAAUUGCUUAUUCCAGUGCUACAAUUAACCAGCUACCAUGAAUUUAUUCACUUUUUCCAUCCCUUUCUAACUAUUUGCCAUUUAACUACAAAUUAUAGGACUGGACACAUCAAAUCAGUCCUUGUUUUCCAUUUGGUGAUGAUCUAUUUGAGGAAAUGUUUUCACUUAUUUGUUAUGAUCAUGUAUAUGAGGAUUUCCUUUAUAGCCUAUGACCAGAUUAAGAAAUACAGCUAUUAAAGAACAAGAACUUUCAGGGUUUCACAUCAACAAUGGUGACAAGUACCUGAUUUUGAUAAAAAUCACUCGUGUGCAUUUGGAAAGAUCCAGUAAAUAUAUGAUUCUCUCAUGUGCUUUCCUCCCUGGACAUACUUUGUCCUUUUGUACUAACCAGUACCUCCAUCGAUAUUGAGACAAACUGUCUUUGAACAAAGAAGUGUCAGUUCUUCAUCAUAUGCCUGCCUGAUGUAGACUGGUUUAACUUUUAUUGUUUAACUAUAGCCCAUUAUAUUAGUCAAGACAGUUGAAUAAUAGUGUGUUAAAUGCAAUUUAUGAUAAGAAGAAACUUUAUGGAAAAGGGAAGUUUUUAAUGGCAAUCAAAAGGAAAUUCUUUCUAUGCACUUCUUAAUUUUAAUGUUUGAUGAAUUCUCUUACCAGAAAAUACUUGAACUUCCUGAAACCUAUUCAUUCAUCAUUACACUUUGUACACAAUGCAACCAAUAAUUUGUGUUCAAAAAGUAUGCUAUUUCUGUAGAAGAAAAAAAUGAUCAGCUAGGAAGAUUCUAUUCAUGCACUGUUCAUACUCAGGGUUUUAAUUAACAUUUCUCUGGAGUUAAUUCACUGUAUCCAGACCUGUAUUUUUUCUUCUCUGCUGAACUGUGUGUAGUCUGGCAUCUCAACAGCCUCCUAGACAUGUCAGUUUCUAGAGUGUUCACCUCAGAUUUCACAUGUGAAUCUGAACUUGUCUAGAAACAACCAACCUCCUUACGCAUUUGGUUGAGCUUCUUGACUCCUCUCUAGCAGUAGUAUUAUAAUUCUGCCUGUUCCUCAGGCUUAAAAGUUUGAACUAAAUUUUGAUUUCUUUUUUGUCCUCAUCUACCACAUCUAAUCAGUCUCCAAAAUCUCUUGCUUCCUUGUUCAUACUCCAGGCUUUUUACUGUCUGCUGUAUCCUUCUCAUCAGUAUUGAGUUAAUUCCUCUGAAAUUUAGAAUAUUUCUCCACCUCUCAAAAUCCUCCAAAAUUCAUUAGUUGUCACUUUACCUCAUCACAACCAACCCCACAAUUUAGUUUUGAAUUUUAUUUUUGGAUUUGCCUACAUGUACUUCAAAUUAGUUAAAGAUAUAUUCAGUAAACAGAGACUAAUCUUCAUUACUCAGCUUAUUUGUGCUGAUUUCCUAUUUAAAAAUCUGAUCUCCUUCAGGGCAUUCACCUGAAGUCAGGGUCCGGCUGAUAUCAGCUACAGAAUCACCAUGUUUCAAGAUACAAUAUGAAAAGUUCUAACAUACAAUUACAAGCCAUUUUCAACCUGUGGCACAAAACAUUAUAUCAUUACAAAAUAGUGUCAACUUGUUCAGCUUAAGGGAAAUUUUAUAUCUUGACUUCAAAUAUUCAGUACAUAAAUUAUCAUCUUAAAUUGGGUUUUUGCUGUGGAAUUUGAGACUUGUGGAAAUCAAAAGCCCUUGUGAAAUAUGCUGUGUCAUCAUUAAUUCAUGGAUACCAAUAGCUUUAAAUAAGUGGCAAAGUCUCCUUUGGUCAAGUGGCAAGUUGCUGCCAAGGAGAUAUAAACAGCACAUUGAUGAGUUAACUAAUUGUUUUCUCCAAAAAUAACCAUUGGUUCAUUACUUAAUAAGGAAAGACACACUGAGAUGGUUUGCAAUGUUUAAUGCAUGUGAAUAUUACUUUUACUGUGUUUUUAAAUAAGAAGCCCUCUAAAAGUACUUUUUUUGUUUUGCAUCAUCAAAUGCAUCUAACUGUGAAUUUUAUAUAGAGUUACAUUAUACAGCAUUUAUGAGUACAUGUAUUUACCUACUUUGUAUAUUCCCUACAUUCAAAAUUAACAGGUCAUGCUGAAAACUGCUCAAAUGAUUUCAGUUUUUAACUGUAAGACAUACAAUAUCUUAUUCUGAGAGGCUGGCCAGUUAGCUGGGCUGGUCAGAGUGUGGCGCUGAUAACAUCAAGCUCCAGGGUUGGAUUCCUGUAUUGGCCAGCUGUCAAAAAAAAAGUAAAAGAUGUUACUAUGUUACUCUGAAUAAUAAAGUCUGACUGUUGUACUCAUGAA